AGCACCAAAUGUGCCUGCUGGAGAGGGGAGACCUGUGCUCCUCAGCUGCACCUGACACAGCCCGAUGGAUUUUAAGGUUAAGCCGUAUGCAAAAUGGACCCAGGACACGCGGUCUUUUGUAACUCAAAUUUACUUCUCCAUAAACUACUGCUCUUGGAAGAAGACGAGUUGCUUUGCAGUGAAACAAAAGCAAUGGGGCACUAGCAGUCAAAGGACAUUCACAGGCCUGCAGAGGGAGAAUGCUGCAGAGAGAAAAUCAAACUCUACAAAGGAAUCUCUGGCAUCACAAAAUGCCAAAUUGAUUUCACCUAUGGUCAUUUCACAGAUGACUGAUGAGAAUAAGUCAGGAGAAAACGGGUCUGCUUUGUCUACGUACAUAGGUGCUUAUCCUGCGAAGCGCUCUGUGGCUAACCGUGGUUCCGUCAACGUUCACAGCACAUUCACGUUGCCUCCCAGCAGGAUAGAAAUUCAUGCAUCUCUGGAUGACGCUGUGGCUCGACCAGACUCCCACAUUGUGGAGGAAGACCACUAUCCAAACCAGCAGAGAGGAUUUGCCUCCAUAACCGUUACUGCUCGGCGUGUCGGUGGGCCCGGGAGCGCCCCAGUGCCAGGGGCUCCACCACGCGGGGAGGGCGAUGCGCGCGCCAACGCCAACGCUGUGCCUACCCCAGCGAGCGAGGCCGGACCUGCUCCCUGGGGCAGACCUCUUCCAAGCCAAGGGUCUCAUGGAAAUCGAACCAUUGGUGACUUUAAGGUUUCUGAAUCAUGCCCACGGCCACAUGAUGGUCCUCAAGACCAGCUUUUCAGCUCUAGAAAUGAAGAAACCGGAGUGGUUCUUCAAGGCAGCACUUGGAGAGGAAAAGUACUGCCUUCGUUCACCUCAUGUGUUCAUCUUCGAGUUUCCCAGCUGUGUCCAAAUACUAUCUAUUAUUUAGACAAGUCACUCUAUGUGUGCAUUGACCAACCUCAAAUUAAAUGCCAAAAAGUUCAUAGAUCAGCAUUGUCCUUCCAUAUAAAUUGCAGUUCAUCUAGAUUAACAGCAGAUGGAGUAGAUGGCAUAGCUAAUGGAGAGCCAUUAGCGGAGAUACUUAAGUCAAAGCUCCUAGGAGGAAACAAGACUCCACUCAGAGCAAGCUGGAGUGCAGAUUUAAUAGAAAACAAUGCAAUUAAAAAACAGACAACAGAUGAGGGCUAUAUGGGUACUAAAUACCCUUUGAAAAGUGUCUUUCCCUCUGAACUUUCAGCAUUUGUGGAUAUACCCAAAGGAGCUAAUAAUGUAGUAGCAGUAAAGAAAGAAGAUAAUAAACAAUCUGGCAGCAAUCACACUACAUUUUCUCUCCAGCUUCCUAGCCCAAGUUAUGAGGCAGGAACGCGAAUGUUCUCUGGAAGCAGCAAGAAGCAGCGUGCCAUGGGCAAGAGCGGCACCGCUGCCCCUGCCUCUUGCCUGCAUCCAGCAUCUGAACAGGACCCCACUGCUGCCUCCAAUGGCUCGUCGGCAGGGGGGGCUCCCUCCCGAGGCACCUCCAAAUCCAAAGAGGUCCGACCACAGUGCUUCCUGAAGCCAAAAAUAUCCGUCUCCGAUAGUAUGUGCAAUAUAAAAACUCUGUCAAGAAUCGUCUUGGAAGCAAAUGUUCACGGGCAAAAUCAGUUCCUAAAAGGUGAUUACAAAUUCUGUGGUUCAAAUGACAAAAUAAAGGAGCCUAAGGAACGGGCCGAGCAGGAGAGAGCCAGCAGGGUAACGCUAUCUGCAGCUCACUUGCCAGAUGUUACUCAUGAGAAAAAAGACGCGCUCCCCCGGCCAGAAAUCUGCUCGGAGCCUGAGAAAAUUCCACCAAGCCCACUGACUCUGAGGGAAGCACUAGAAAUCCAUAAACCUCAGUUCAUUUCUCGUUCACAAGAAAGGCUGAAAAAGCUUGAACAUAUGGUACAGCUGAGGAAAGCCCAGCAGAGUGAUGCUCUGGGAAGGAAACAGGGAGCGCUGCUUGUUCGCAAACUUUCCUCAACAUCCAUUUCGAGCAAAAAAAAGCAAUAUACCAUUCCUCACCCGCUCAGUGAUAACCUCUUCAAACCAAAGGAAAGAUUCAUUCCAGAGAAAGAGAUGCAUAUGAGAUCUAAAAGGAUUUAUGAUAAUUUACCUGAGGUAAAAAAGAAACAAGAAGAAAAACAGAAACGGGUAAUCAUGCAGAGUAACAGAUUGCGUGUUGAGAUCUUUAAAAAGCAAUUACUGGACCAGCUCCUUCAAAGAAACACAGAGUGAGGAAGGACUCUCUUGCUGAUCAUACUAAUUGGACCUUGAAUGCCUUUGACUGUUAGAUAAGCCAUAAAAUUUACUGUUAUCUUAAUUACUCGGAGGUAUUCUUCUUAUCUUUGGCGCUUUAUAUAAAGAAAUAUCAUUUGUAUUUCAAUUGAAAUUUAAAAGUAACUUUCAAGUAAUCAAAAACAGUCUAAAAGGGAACACAGCUGUUUCAGAGCAUCAACUCAUGAUCAGUUUACCCAGAGGAAAUAAUUUUAAGAAUUUUUAAUGCAAAUACUGAAUUCAGCAGUAUUAUUUAUCUUAAUCUUUUUAAAAGUAUACAUCUCCGUAGCAGUAGAGCUGGCUUUAUAAGACCUGGGAAACUUAUUUCUCCAAAGUAUUCGAUUAAUUGAUUUCCUGUGAGUUAAAUUCUUGAACUAAAGAAAAAUGAACAUCAUUAUUUGUUAUGUUUAGAAACUAGCUGAAAUAGCAUUACCACAUAAUCAUGGCAACAGCAGUUUCACAUUAAUACUUAACAUACCAAAAGGGACCAAUAUUUUAGCUCUGAGAAGAACUCUAUUCCUAGUUAUAUAGCGUAUCUAUAUAGCAAGUUUACCUGUUAAAGAGCAAUAUUUAAAAAUUUGGUUAUAACGCUUUUUCAUGUGUUUUUCAUUGUAAUAUGUAUUUUACUCAACUUCUGUGAUCAUUAAGUAUUUAUAGGAAUGGCAUAUUAAGAAGUGGUGCCAAGAAGUAUGUUUGUAUCAAAAUUGCACAACUAAAACCAUCUGUAAAAAAUAUUUAAAUCUUUAUUUGUACAUUUUGGAAGUAAAAACAACCAGCUUACAAACCAAUGGAAUGUAUUUAUGGAAUAAAAUAUGAAU